CAAAAGUUUCAGGCAGAAUGGUAUACUAAAAACACAUUGAAACAAUGAGAUUUUCAAAAUUUUCAGUGCUUUAAUAAUGUCCAAAUACCCGGAUUUGAUGAAGUUAAAAAACACUUCUGAUGAUGAAUUUAACAAAAUACUAAUAAAUCCUAUGAAAAGUAAGGAGUUUAAAAGAAAAGAAGAUGUUACCCUUGAAAAAGUUGUACGUGAUAUGACCAACGUUCUAUGCAACUUAACAGACAGCAUUACUUUAGGUAAAAACCCCAAAAAAACUAUUUCGCCAGAAAUCAACAUCGAAAAAGAAUUAGAAAAAAAUUAUAAAAAACAAGAAUUAAUUUACAAACGAAAAGCGGAUGAAGAGGAAAAACGAAAAGCGGAUGAAGAGGAAAAACGAAACGCUGGAAAAGCUAAUAACAAAGAGAAACAAUCAAAAAAACAAAGUGGUCAAUUGAAAUUAAAUGAGGAAAAUAAUAAUCGAAAUAAAACUAUAAGCAGUGAUAGGUACAAUACUUCUCAAGUAAAACUAAUCAAUGCAAAUAAUAAACUACCUAAAAUCAUAAAUAAAUCCGUUAAGAGUAAUAGUUCAAAUAAUCAAUCGAAAAUAAAUCCAGCUUCUAUAAACAAUCAACUACCGUUAAUAAAAGUGCAGCCAUCUAGUAAAUCAAUAAAACCUAUUAGUAAUGCUUUAAACGUCGUCAAACGCCCUGAGAAAACGGAGCUCCAGAAAAGAAGACACCUUUCCCCAUUAUCCAGAGAAAAUUAUAACCCGUUGGGGCUAAUCAGAGAUGAGGUUGAUAAGGCUAUAAAGCAGAAGAAAACUUUCACGAUAAGGGGUUCAUUUGGAGUCGUGAGAAGAGCCUUAUUAAGUAGAGGGUGGGUUGAGAAAUUUCAUACUACUUACAGACAAAGACUCAACCAAGAACUUAAAAAAUAUCAACAGUACACUGUACCAGAGUUAGUGGACAUGCUGAGAAACAAAGAGUUAGCUGGUUUGAUUAAAAAAAUAAUCAAAUCAAAAUUGCUCAAGGACAACCAGGUGGAUUUUUAUUGGGAUACCAGGUUUGAUGCGUUUAAAGAAUGUCCAGAUAAAAUUAAGCUUACUCUUAUCAACAAAUUUCGAAGAGAAUCUUCCAGCUACACUAGCAAACAAGGACUGUGUCAAACUUCACGCGAAGCGCACUGGUUCCAUAUACCUGGAAUAGCAAAAAUUAACCAUCCAAGGUGCUACACUUUGACCAAAGGCGGUGACACGCGAUAUUUUCUCAAUGAUUUCGGUUUAACUGCAUCCACGGCUCUCUUAAAAUGGGUCGUGAGAAACAAUGACACAGGCGGAAGUAAAAUUGUUAGUAACACAGGAAAAAUCCCCAUGAAAACGUUUGAUUUUGCAAUAGCAGAGUGUUACAAGUUUAUUAAAAAACAUAAACAUCAGGAUAUUGAUGAAGUGAUACGUGACGCUUUGGAAGUUGAAUGGAAAGAAUUCUUGGAGCAGUUUCAUAAAGCUGUCCAUGUUGGCCAUCAUUUUAAGUUAUCAGAUAAAGUACCGGAUGAAUACGCUGAAGCUCAAAACAUGGUGCGAAAAUCCACUUACUUAUUAAACCAGCUCCGAGAAUAUAUGCCCUGCAUGGAUAUGGACGGACACAUGAACAUUUGGAUUUUAAAACCAAUAAACAGCAGCAGAGGCGAAGGGAUUCAUAUUUGUCGUACUCUAGAAUUGAUUCUGGAGGUUCUUAGAAAGAAUCCUACUAGGCGAUAUGUGGUUCAAAAAUAUAUAGAGCGACCUCUGUUGAUACAUGACACGAAGUUUGAUAUUAGACAAUGGUUUCUAGUUAGCAGCUCUUAUCCUUUAAUUAUCUGGAUGUACAAGAUUUGUUACUUGAGAUUCAGCUCUCAGACUUAUAAUUUAAGAAAACUUCACGAGUCUAUCCAUUUAACGAAUAAUUCGGUGCAGGCAAAGUACCUCAAUCGUUGCACAAGAGAUCCAUUGUUGCCUACCUAUGGAAUGUGGAAUUCUGAACAAUUUCAGAAUUAUCUCUGUGACAUUGGAUAUCCGAACAUUUUCGGAAAUGUUAUCUAUCCCGGUAUGAAGCAGUGCAUUACCGCGGCAAUGAUAGCGCAUCGAGAUAAAAUAGACAAAAGGAAAAAUUGCUUUGAACUCUACGGCGCUGACUUUAUGCUGUCUGAAACGUUUGAACCGUGGUUACUGGAAAUUAAUUCGAAUCCUGCUCUACACGGUUCGACUCCUGUUACCGCUCGGUUGUGUCCAAAAGUACUUGAAGAUGUUAUUAAAGUUAUAAUAGAUACUGCUAGAAAUCCCAAUGCAAGCCCCGGUAAUUUUGAAAUGAUCUACAAGGAAAAACCCGAACCUCCUCGUGAUAUUAUGCCAAAGCUGAAGUUAAAAGGAAAACCACUACCAACAGACUUUUUUUGCGACGUGGACAUGGAAAGCGAACCCUCUAUAAACACCAACAAAAUAAUGGUUCAAAAAUGCAUCAAAACCCCAGAUGCUGGUAACAUUUUACUGCAAACCGGAGAAACAAUUAAAGAAGCAUUAAAAAGCCUUUUAGACAUUAUAAAACGAGAACGGACAAAAAGGCGCUCACGGAGAGAAAAAUCUGUAGAGGCGAAACUGGAACUAGAUAUUCCAUAUAUGCACCCCUCCAAACCUGACCUAGUAUCAUUGUUUGAAAGACCCCAAAUGGAAGAAACGUUUUCAGUCGCUUCAGAAAUUUCGCAAAUAAAAUCUGAAGAAGCACAAGAAAAUAUGACUGAAGAUGAGUCUAGAGCAGUUACUGAAGCAUUUAGCGAAAGCAAGAUUUGUUCUAAUAAGAAGAGAUUACUUUCUAAUUUAGUUAAAGUCGUUGAUACUCUAAAACGAGUUAAUAAAAACUGACAUUUUU